AAUCGUCGCUGAUAGCCCGCGCUAGUCGUACCAGCAACAGGUGAACGCGAUCGACUCAAUUCCUGCCGUCCCGCGUGACGUCACAAAACGACGACGCGCGUCGCGACGCAUCAUCGCAAGCGUCUUAGUGAUUUCCCUCUAUAUCUACAUUCAACAUCUUCAUUCUCAUUCUUCAGUUUUCUAUAUCAAGUUCUGUUCGCUCGCUGUAUGUACAAAUUUCUAUUAUCUUCAAAAAGUGGCUUGGUGUUUUUGGUUUCUGUAUUUCUUUGAACUUUAUUUACUUUAAUUUUGUGCUUUUAUCGAUGUUUUAUAUUGUGCUGGUGGAUUAAAGAAAAAUGCAGUAAGGAAGGAAAUUAUUUUAUUAGAAAUGAUUUGGAAUUUUUAGGAUUAAAAUCGUAUGAGGCAUACGAUGGGACUAUAUAAACAGUACUUUCGACUGACGCAAAGAGCAAGGAAUCACCUUUUGGGCAUCAGCAAUCAAAGCGAUGGUACGAAUCAUCACCUUCCCUUACAGAUGCUUAUAUCGCAACAUUUUAGUCAUGGUAGACUGUCGGUGAUCAUAUUAGGACUGUUCACGCUUGCCAUCGGUAUUAUUUUGUCUUCCAUCCCGUGGCUAGAUUAUAUAAUAGUUAAGAAUUUAAAACUUAGAGAAGGAUCGUUUAGUUUCCACUACUGGCAAAAACCUGGAGUGAUUCGAUUAACCAAAGUGUACAUUUUCAACGUUUCGAAUCCAGACGGCUUCCUCAGGCAAGGAGAAAAACCCAAACUACAAGAAAUAGGACCAUUUGUUUACAAACUACACAAUCGAAGAACAAACUGGGAUGAUUACCGCAGUAAAAUUGAAAACAAAGUUAAUAUUAAAGUAAGUCUUAAAACAACUAACGAAAUAGACGAAGCAGUUGCGACCUUAGUCAGUGUCCUUCAGGAAGCAGCUCAGCUAUCCACUCCUCUUCCAAAAACACAAAGCAGUGUUUUUCAUAUUAUUCGUCUGGGUUUCGAGAAAGAUUCCACUAUUCAGCAGAUACAUCGGAUUACCAGCAGUAUAACUCAAACUCUUGAGGACAAAAAGUAUUGCAAAUCAGUGUUUCUUAAUACUUUGUCGACUCAGUCCAACAACAUGGGCUACUGGUUGCAGAAAACGAUAUCAGUACUGCUGGCCAUGGGUUCCAGCAAACCGUUCGUCAGCGUAACGGCCGAUGAACUGGUAUUCGGAUACGAUGACAGUCUGGUGUCUCUAGCCCACAAAUUCUAUCCAAAAAGGAAGAAACCAUCCAAUAAGAUGGGUCUUCUUAUCAGUCGAAACGGUACACUGGCAGAAGUACACAAUAUGUAUACCGGGGAAACAGGAAUGCAGGAAUUCGGACUCCUGGCAAAUCUCAACGGAAAGGAAACGUUGCCGUACUGGGAUGAGGCCCCUUGUAACGAUUUGACAGCUAGCGAAGGAUCUUUCUUUCCACCCCGGUAUUUCACGAAGAGGGAUGUGGUUUACUUGUACGACAAAGACUUGUGUCGGACGUUUCCGUUUCAGUACAGAGAAUCAGGCGAGAAGCAUGAUGUUUUGAGACGUUGGGUAAAGUCCGGAAAUAAAUGUUUUUGUCCCGGAAAUGAAUAUUGUCCUCCAAAAGGAUUGCAAAACAUCAGUCCUUGCCAAUAUGAUGCUCCUGUAUACCUGUCUUUUCCUCAUUUUUUGGAUGCCGACCCUUCACUUAUAAACGAAGUGGAAGGCUUGAACCCAGUAAGGCAGAAGCAUCAAUCGUAUUUCAGAAUACAACCAAAACUUGGUGUUCCUGUUGAAGGGAAAGUUCGCGUUCAGCUGAACUUGCGGAUUCAACAAGCCCCCAAUAUCAACCCGGUCAAGGAUUUUAAAACGAUGGUGUUUCCUGUUAUGUGGCUAGAAGAGGGAAUCGAUGAACUAACACCACCGAUCCGAAGAUGGUUGUACGUGGCCACUACGUUUGCCGAUGUAGCCUGUCCACUAAUGACCUACGGCUUUAUCAUUUUCGGCAGUUGUCUGAUCAUAGCUGUCUUUGUUAACGCCUACAAGUCGAUCAUGUUCACGAAGAAAACCAUUCAAAUUGGUAUGAAAAACUUAAGAAGGGGCAGUCUACUGAUCAGUUCUAACAGGUAA